CGCAAAGCAGGUGCGCGUUUAAAAUCUUGUCUCCAGUAAGGGCAAACACCAGUGUAACACAUCUAGAAAUGGAUGAAAUCGCUCAGCUAGAACAUCUUUCUUUGGUGUCAAAAGUUUGCACAGAAUUAGAGAAUCAUUUAGGACUGAAUGACAAGGAUCUUGCUGAGUUCAUCAUUUCUCUGUCUUACAAAAACAACACAUUUGAAAGUUUCAAGAAAGUUCUUCUACAAAAUGGUGCAGAAUUUUCUGAUUCCUUCAUGGCGAAUCUUCUCCGUCUUAUACAGAGGAUGAGACCAAAAGUGCCACAAAGAGACAACAAAAAGAAGAAGAAAAAGAAAAAGAAAGACAAGGAAAAUGAAGACCAAGACAUUGAGUUGAAAAAGCAACUAUUCCCUGGUCUGGCACUACCUGAUAAUCCAGCAGUUAGGGACAUGCUUGAUAGUGGUACAAAAGCAGUAUCUGAUGAAGAAGGUGAUGCCAAAGUUGCAGAUGACAUGAUGGAUGAACUUGAGAAAAUGUUAGCAGUGCCAGGAGUAAAAGAAGAAAACAGUGAGGAAGAGAGCAAAUAUAAAAGAUCAAAAAGUAGAAGUCGAAGUAGGAGUAGGAGUCGAGAAAGGCAUAAAGAUAGAAAAAGAAGAGACAGAUCUCGGGACAGAAGGAAAAAUAGACGUAGGUCACGAUCACGUUCAAGAGAUCGAAAAAGGUCAAGGUCACGCUCAAGAGAUCGAAAAAGGUCAAGAAGGUCACGGUCUAGAUCAUAUGAGAGACGAGACAAACAUAGGUCAAGAUCAAGAGAAAGAUAUAGGAGAGGAAGAUCGCGAAGUUAUAGUCCAGAUAGAGACAGAGGGGACAGAAGAGGGAGCAAACGUGAAAAGAAAGUUGAACUUCCACUUGAACCAGUGGUUGGACAGAUUUAUGAUGGUAAAAUUUCAAAUCUUAUGCAGUUUGGAUGCUUUGUGCAGUUAUUUGGGUUGAAGAAGAAAUGGGAAGGUCUGGUACAUAUAUCACAAUUGCGUCGAGAAGGACGUGUGAAUUUAGUUAGUGAUGUUGUCUCCAGAGGGCAGGAGGUGAAGGUCAAGGUUCUCAACCACACGGGGACUCGGACCAGUCUCUCAAUGAAGGAUGUUGACCAAUCAACAGGUGAAGAUCUCAAUCCGACUCAAACACGUCAACUCGGGGGUGAAUCAAAACCCGAAGACUUACGUAAUCCUGAUCGUCCCAGCACAAUGCCACUUGUAGUGAAUGCCCCUGAGGUAAAUGACAUUAUGGACAAGAAACGUAUGAGGAUUCCAUCCCCGGAACGCUGGGAGUUGAAGCAGAUGAUAGCAGCAGGAGUUGUGGAUAAGUCUGAACUACCAGAUUUUGAUGAUGAAACAGGAUUAUUGGCUAAAGAUGAUGAGAAUUCUGAUGAAGAUAUAGAGGUUGAGCUUGUUGAAGAAGAGCCUGCCUUCCUGAAGGGCUAUGGUAGACAGAGUGUCUUAGAUAUGAGCCCAGUGAAGAUUGUCAAGAAUCCUGAUGGCUCACUCUCACAAGCUGCCAUGAUGCAGAGUGCCCUUCAGAAGGAGAGAAGGGAACUGAAGCAAUCAGCACGUGAAGCUGAAGCCAACUCUCAGCCGUCCACUCAAGGCAGAUCUUGGAAUGAUCCAGUCCCAGAAAAUGACAGUAGUUCCCAGAGCAGGGGACCAGGAGGGGCACCUGUGGACAUGCCAGAGUGGAAGAAACAUAUCACUGGGGGUCAUAAAGCUUCCUAUGGUAAAAAAGAGAACAAGUCAAUCCUGGAGCAGAGACAGAGCCUUCCUAUUUAUAAACUAAAGGAUGAACUCAUCAAGGCUAUCCAUGACAACAAGAUUUUGAUUGUAAUUGGUGAAACUGGCUCUGGAAAGACUACUCAGAUAACCCAGUACCUGGCAGAGGCAGGUUACCUUACUGUGGGCAAGAUAGGCUGCACCCAACCACGUCGUGUUGCUGCUAUGUCUGUCGCUAAGAGAGUAUCCGAGGAGUAUGGGUGUCGACUUGGUCAAGAGGUUGGUUACACUAUAAGAUUUGAAGAUUGUACCACACCUGAGACAAAAAUAAAGUACAUGACAGAGGGUAUGUUACUAAGAGAAUGUCUAAUAGAUGGCGACCUAAAGCAGUACUCAAUCAUUAUGUUGGACGAGGCUCACGAGAGAACUGUUAGUACUGAUGUAUUAUUUGGACUGCUUAAGAAGACAAUACUGAAGAGAGAUGAUAUGAAGCUUAUUGUCACAUCUGCAACAUUAGAUGCUGUUAAAUUCUCACAAUAUUUCUUUGAAUCUCCUAUAUUCACGAUUCCUGGUAGAACAUUUCCAGUAGAGGUGCUGUAUACCAAGGAGGCUGAGACUGACUACCUUGAUGCUUCAAUGAUCACAGUUAUGCAGAUACACCUUACUGAACCUCCAGGAGACAUCCUGUUGUUUUUAACUGGUCAGGAGGAGAUUGACACAUCCUGUGAGAUCCUGUAUGAGCGUAUGAAGGCCAUGGGUCCUGAUGUUCCCGAGCUGAUCAUCCUUCCUGUUUACAGUGCACUUCCUAGUGAGAUGCAGACCAGGAUCUUUGACCCAGCACCUCCUGGAUCAAGAAAGGUUGUGAUAGCCACAAAUAUUGCCGAAACAUCACUGACAAUUGAUGGGAUCUUCUAUGUAGUCGACCCAGGCUUUGUGAAGCAGAAGGUGUACAAUUCUAAGACUGGUAUGGACCAGCUCAUAGUGACACCUAUAUCACAGGCUCAAGCCAAGCAGAGAUCAGGAAGAGCUGGGAGAACUGGGCCAGGAAAAUGCUAUCGCUUAUAUACAGAACGUGCCUACAGAGAUGAGAUGCUCCCUACUGCUGUGCCUGAGAUACAGAGAACUAAUCUUUCACCAACAGUGUUAUCCUUGAAGGCAAUGGGUAUAAAUGAUUUGUUGUCUUUUGACUUCAUGGAUGCCCCUCCUAUGCAGACACUUAUAUCAGCCAUGGAGCAGUUACAUGCACUCAACUCAUUGGAUGAUGAGGGCUUGUUAACAAGACUAGGCAGGAGGAUGGCUGAGUUUCCCCUGGACCCCAUGUUGUCUAAGAUGUUGAUUAUGUCUGUACAACUGAAUUGCAGUGAUGAGAUUCUAACUAUAGUCUCCAUGUUGUCUGUACAAAAUGUAUUUUACAGACCUAAGGAUAAACAACAACUAGCUGACCAAAAGAAGGCCAAGUUUCACCAAAUAGAAGGUGACCAUCUAACCCUCCUGGCAGUGUUCAACUCUUGGAAAAACAACAAGUUUUCUAACCCUUGGUGCUAUGAAAACUUCGUCCAAAUAAGGACGUUAAAACGAGCACAGGACGUCAGGAAACAGCUUCUAGGAAUCAUGGACAGGCAUAAGCUCGAUGUGGUAAGUUGUGGCAAGAACACUGCUCGUGUACAGAAGACAAUACUUAGUGGUUUCUUCAGGAAUGCUGCCAAGAAAGACCCUCAGGAAGGGUACAGAACACUGGUAGAUUCGCAAGUUGUAUACAUUCAUCCUUCUAGUGCCCUGUUUAAUAGGCAACCUGAGUGGGUUGUGUACCAUGAACUUGUCCUCACAACAAAGGAAUAUAUGAGAGAAGUAACAACCAUAGACCCUAAAUGGCUCGUUGAAUUUGCUGGAAAAUUCUUCAAAUUCUCUGAUCCUACAAAACUAAGCAAACAUAAGAAACAACAAAAGAUUGAACCAUUACAUAACAAAUAUGAGGAACCAAAUUCCUGGAGAAUUUCAAGAGCCUUCAAGAAAGUGCACACGAAAGUCACAUUCUAAUUGGAGUUUUAUAUCAGUGUUUUUAGUUUGUAUAGAAUUGUGGUGUUUCAUAUGGAACCGUGGAAUGUGUUUAUUGAGAAGUCAGAAAGAAAAAGAAAAUGUGUAAAGUUAAUUUCUUCAUCGUAUACAACGUGAAUAUUUGCAUCAAUGAGCAAUGAUCAGAACAUACAUGCCUA